UAGGUUUCAUUUUCCUUUCAGUUUUGUUUGGCCCAAACGUAAACAAACUUACACACAACCUUCUCACAAGAAGCAAAGCAGGAGUGAAAACCAGCUAAACCCCUCUGCCUUCCUUCCUUUCACUUCACCUUCAUUUCCAAUUCGCUAGGGUUUAAGCAUUUCCCACCACUCUCACUGUAUCACAGCCAUGUCACUCUACCGCCUCCUCCUCCGCUCUCUCCGCUCUCUCCGCCGCCCCUCCACCCCUCCCUCCCUAACCCUAACCCAAUCCCUCACCUCCCUCUCCCUCCAAAACCCUAACCCUAGCAUUCCUCUCCAUCUCACCACCACCGCCACGCGCACCUUCGCCUUCUCCUCCGCCGAAGAAGCCGCCGCUGAGCGCCGACGCCGCAAGCGUCGCCUCCGUAUCGAGCCCCCGAUCAACGCCCUCCGGCGCGACUCACACCCUCCUCCCCCACGUGACCCCAACGCGCCCCGCCUCCCUGACACCACCUCGGCCCUUGUGGGCCACCGCCUCAACCUCCACAACCGCGUCCAGUCGCUCAUACGCGCCGGUGACCUCGACGCCGCCUCUGCCGUUGCACGCCACUCGGUCUUCUCCAAUACGCGCCCCACCGUCUUCACCUGCAACGCCAUCGUUGCUGCCAUGUACCGUGCCAAGAGGUACAAUGACGCUGUUGCCCUCUUCCACUUCUUCUACAAUCAAUCGAACAUUGUUCCAAAUGUUGUAUCUUAUAAUAUUUUGAUUAAUGCUCACUGCGAUGAUGGCCGGGUUGAUGUGGGCCUCGAGGUUUAUCGGCAUAUACUUGCAAACGCCCCCUUUAGUCCCUCGCAGGUGACAUACCGGCAUUUGACUAAAGGAUUGGUCGAUGCCGGUAGGAUAGGUGAGGCUGUAGACAUGUUGAGAGAGAUGUUGAAUAAGAACCUCGGCGCUGAUUCUGGUGUGUAUAAUAAUUUGAUUACUGGAUUCUUGCAUUUGGAGAAUUUUGACAAGGCUGUUGAGCUUUUUGACGAGCUUAAAGAUAGGUGUUUGGCGUACGAUGGGGUUGUGAAUGCGACAUUUAUGGAUUGGUUUUUCAAUAAGGGGAAAGAGAAGGAAGCAAUGGAGUCAUACAAGUCCGAGCUAGAUAGGCAGUUUAGGAUGACCACGGCAACUGGUAAUGUUCUUUUGGAGGUGUUGCUUAAGCAUGGGAAGAAGAAGGAGGCCUGGGCUUUGUUCGAUCAGAUGUUGGAUAAUCACACCCCGCCAACUAUCCAGGCUGUGAAUUCGGAAACAUUUAACAUAAUGGUUAAUGAGUGUUUUGGGCUUGGAAAGUUUGAUGAGGCGCUUGCCACCUUUAAGAAGGUGGGGACAAAGGUGAAUUCGAGACCUUUUUCUAUGGAUGUUGCAGGGUAUAAUAAUAUCAUUGCUAGGUAUUGUGAGAAUGGGAUGUUAUCAGAGGCUGAGACACUGUUUGCUGAAUUAUCCUCAAAGGCGUUGACCCCGGAUGUUACUACUCAUAGGACUCUGAUUGAUGCAUAUUUGAAAGUAGAGAGGAUAGAUGACGCUCUUAAGAUAUUUAGAAGAAUGGCGGAGGUUGGUUUGCGAGUGGUUGCUAGUCUUGGUAACAGGGUGUUUGAUGAAUUGAUUAAGAACGGGAAGGCAAUGGAUUGUGCACAGAUUUUGAAGAAAAUGGGAGAAAAAGAUCCUAAACCAGAUGCCAUUUUCUAUGAUGUUGUGAUUAGGGGGCUCUGCAAUGAAGAUGCAUUUGACCCAAGCCGUGAUUUACUGGAAGAAAUGGUGAGGUAUGGCAUUGGUGUUUCUCCAGCAUUGCAGCAAUUUGUAAAUGAGGUUUUUGGAAAAGCUGGGCGUGGUGAGGAGAUUCAGAGAGUAUUAAAUAUGAGUAAGUGGGGAUACACACCAGCACAGGCAAGACCUCGGCAAUUCCAGCCAAUGAGGUCACCUCAAAUGGCAGGACAACAGGAGCCUCCAUCAGGACCCUCUCAAAUGGCAGGACAACAUCACCCAUCGUCAGCACCCCCUCAAAUGGCUGGACCAUCCUCAUCUGGACCUUAUCAAAUGGCAGGACAACAUCACCCAUCUUCAGCACCCCCUCAAAUGGCUGGACCGUAUCAGCCACCAUCUGGACCUUAUCAGCCACCAUCUGGACCUUAUCAAAUGGCAGGACAACAUCACCCAUCAUCAGCACCCCGUCAAAUGGCUGGACUUUAUCAGCCACCAUCUGGACCUUAUCAAAUGGCAGGAACUUACCAAACAUCAACAGGUUCUCCACAGAUGGCAGCAAGCCAGCACCAUCCGGCUCAACCCCCUCAAAUGGCAGGACAAUAUUACCCCCCAUCAGGAGCCCCCCAUGUAGCAGUACCACACCAUCCGCCGUCCGGAGUCCCUCACGUGACAGCUUCAUACCCACCAUCUGAAGCUUCUCAGACCCUAGGACCACAGCACCCUCUGUCAGGAUCUGCUGAAGGGAUAGAAUCACAACAAUCACCAUCAGAAGCCCCUCAGAUAACAGAACAGGAAAAUGUUGCUUCAUGAAUCACAGCAUUAGUAUUGAGAUUCACAGCCUAAAGAUGAACGGUAGGUGAUCACAUCCAGGUGACUGGUGUUCAGUUUUGUAGUUUGAAUGUUUUUCUUGAAACUGGUUCUUUGUGGUGACUUGCAUUUUUGCACAAUUUGCCCUGUCCCUCUGUAGCAUCCCUUUGCAUUACUUGUUCAAGGGACCACGGAUUCAUUGUAAUGGUACAAGGAGUAAAACGCAUUUUGGGUCGAUUCAGUAGAUAGUGCUUUGCUACUGCAUAUGCACUCAACUGCUAAUAUAUUUAUAUUAUUGUCUAUCCAAUAUCUUAUAUUGUUUUGUUACCGUCAUUUUGAUUAGUUGAAAUUUAUGUGACUCAAUCUACCCUUUUCGAACUUUAUGGCUCAUCCAUUUUAUGUCAUUUUCAGUAUUUUUUUUGUUUACUUUUAGUUUGUAGUUUGUAGUUUGUGUAUAUUUCAUUUUCGCCCCAUUGACUUGGCUCCUUUAAGCCGACUAUAUAUUUUGUAUUAGGCCUUUCUCUUGCCCUUGCUUUUGCAGAUUUAAUGAUACUGACCAUCAUAAAAGGCCUCCCUCCCUCCUACUUUUCCAACAGGAUUUGUUAUUGCCCACUUCUGUGAAUCUAAGUUGUAUUAUUGCCUUGCGUUGGACUAAUAUUGUACUUCUCAU